GCAGCCAUGAUGCAGGAAGGCCUGGAUGACGGCCCCGACUUCCUCUCGGAGGAAGACCGCGGAGUAAGUUGUGCCUCUCCUCCCGCGGAGCCUCGGUCCCUGAGCCGCCCGGGCCGCGGGCUUAAAGCAAUAAAUGUCGAUCUUCAAAGUGAUGCUGCUCUGCAAGUGGACAUUUCUGAUGCCCUCAGUGAAAGGGAUAAAGUCAAAUUUACAGUUCACACAAAGAGUUCAUUGCCAAAUUUUAAACAAAAUGAAUUUUCUGUUGUUCGACAACAUGAGGAAUUUAUCUGGCUUCAUGAUUCCUUCGUUGAAAAUGAAGACUAUGCAGGUUACAUUAUCCCGCCAGCACCACCAAGACCUGAUUUUGACGCUUCACGGGAAAAACUACAGAAGCUUGGAGAAGGGGAAGGGUCAAUGACAAAGGAGGAAUUCACAAAGAUGAAACAGGAGCUGGAAGCUGAGUAUCUGGCGAUAUUCAAGAAGACAGUUGCCAUGCAUGAAGUGUUCCUGUGUCGUGUUGCAGCACAUCCUAUUUUGAGAAAAGAUUUAAAUUUCCAUGUCUUCUUGGAAUAUAAUCAGGAUGUGAGUAUCCAAUCAAUGAGAGCAAUGAUGUUAAAGCAAACAAGUGAAAAGAGCUCACGUGUUCUUCUCAUCUUGCAGGAUGUAGACGAUUUCUUUGAACAUGAACGGACGUUCCUUUUAGAAUAUCAUAACCGAGUUAAGGAUGCAUCCGCUAAAUCUGACAGGAUGACAAGAUCUCAUAAAAUUUCCUUUUACAGAUUUUUCCUCAAAGUUUCAGAACUAUUUGAUAAAACAAGAAAAAUAGAAGCACGAGUGUCUGCUGAUGAGGACCUCAAACUUUCUGACCUUUUAAAGUACUACCUAAGAGAGUCUCAAGCUGCUAAGGAUCUCCUCUAUAGAAGAUCUAGGUCACUUGUGGACUAUGAAAACGCCAAUAAAGCACUGGACAAGGCAAGAGCGAAAAACAAAGAUGUUCUGCAGGCUGAAACGUCCCAACAGUUAUGUUGUCAGAAGUUUGAAAAAAUAUCAGAAUCUGCAAAACAAGAACUUAUAGAUUUUAAAACAAGAAGAGUUGCUGCAUUCAGAAAAAAUUUAGUGGAGCUUGCAGAAUUAGAACUGAAGCAUGCAAAGGGUAACCUCCAGUUGCUGCAGAACUGCCUUGCAGUUUUAAAU